GAUGGCGGCCGCCGUAGUCCGAGGUCUGGGCUCCGCUUUGGCCAAAAAUCUCCGUGAAAUCCGAAUCCACGUCUGCCAAACGUCCGCCGCCAGCAAGGGUACCAGAGACUUUGUGGAGCAGCACUACGUGGACCUGAAGCGAGCCAACGCAGACUUCCCCAUCCUGGUCCGAGAAUGUUCCGGAGUGGAGGCCCGGCUGUGGGCCCGUUACGGUGAGUGGCAGCAAGGCAUCAUGGGAGACAAAAUGUGUAUGACAACACAGGUAGCUUUAAAGCAGCGCUCUCAAACUCUGGUCCUCGACGGCCUCUUUCUUGCAGUAAUGUCCACCUCAACCCCCCCC